CACACACACACACACACACACACAAUGUAAAAUACAAACCCUUUAAAAGAGUGUAUUGUACACAGUGAAUACUCUGUUGAGUGCUGGCAGGAGGUUUUUGUGUCCUGUGGUUAUUGGACUAAGCUACCUAAGUUAAUAAAAUGUAAUUAGCUAAAGUAAAUUGUACAUAAAGACCUUGGCAAUGAUAUACAGUAAGUACUCAAUAAGUAGCUGUGAUCAUCACUACCACAUUCUCUCUGUCUCUGUCUCUCUCUGUCACAGGUUCUUCCUAUGUAUCUCUGGCUGUCCUGGAACUCACUGUAUAGACUAGAUACCCUCUAAUUUUCUGGAUCAGCUUGCCCCCUGGGAUUAAAACCAUUGUCAUUACUAUUGGUCUGUCCUCCCUAUCUUAAUUGAGGGUGGUAAUCAGCCCAUAGAAUCCUUCUACAGGACCCCAGGGAAUAUUCCUGCAUCAUCAGAAAGCUGGUGGGCAGCAGUUGCCUCAUUCCCACUCCCACCAGGGGUGUGGACUGGUUGGUGGGGGAAGGGGAAGACUGGAUGGAGUAGGGAUGGUGGUUUUUCUACUGACUCACUAGCUUUUACCAUCAUUCACCCCCUCCCUCCCCCCAUCCCCUUGCAACGCUCACCACACCAUUCCCUGCUUGUCAAAGAUUGUACCCUGCUUGAGUUAGUAUUCCAGGUCAGGAAGCCUAGGUUUAAAUCUUUAUUGUCCUGUGACCCUAACAAAGUUCUUCACUUCAGCUAUUUGCCUGUUUGGUCUUGUUUCUGUUUAAGACCUUAAGGGUCUCUUGUAGCCAAGGAUAUCUUCAAACAUCUUCACUGGUAUGUGCAGCCACUGCAAAGUUUGGGGAAGAAGUCACUACCUGGGCUCUGUCUGUAUGCAGCCUCAGUUCCCUCCCAGUUCUGCCACACUCAACUGCCAUCCUGGAUAAGUCAUAGACACUCUCAGUGUUAUCAAUUUCCCCACUAUGUAUUUGUGCCCCUUCUCCCAUGUCAUGUCCCUCAACUGUUUUUCUAGUUUGUCUCUCCUCUGCCACCCCUCACCAGAAUUUCAGAUCCACAGGAAAGGCCUUCUUGUGAGAUUGUUACAUAGUAGAUGAAAGGCGUGGGAAAGAAAUUAUUGGCUUCAGCCAUAGGAAGUUUGGGGAAUGUGGGAAACCGGAGAGGCACAAGGCUUCAGGGGCUUAAGCGGUCUUUAUUCUUCCCUUCUUCCCUUCAAGGCCGCCAGGAAGGAAUGUGCAUGACGGAGCUGGGGGAAGGGGGCGCAGUGGGCUGGCUGGCAGAAGAGGGAGUACUUUGGGCUCAGCCUGGGGCCCGCCCCUAGGCUUUGACUUCAGCAGUGGGUGGAUGAGUAAUGCGUCCAGGAAGCCUGGAGGCAGUGAUUUCCGCGCCAACCCCACCCCUCGCAUGGACAUUUAUUCUCCACCGCCAGUCCCUGCCUCCAUCACUGCUGAUCCGGACUCCUAGAGACACGCUAGAGAUACCACGAUGGCGCCCUUUGCAUCUCUGGCCUCUGGCAUCCUCUUGUUGCUAUCAUUGAUAGCUUCCAGUAAAGCCUGUAGCUGUGCCCCAACCCACCCACAGACAGCUUUCUGCAACUCGGACCUGGUUAUAAGGGCUAAAUUCAUGGGUUCCCCAGAAAUCAUCGAGACCACCUUAUACCAGCGUUAUGAGAUCAAGAUGACUAAGAUGCUCAAAGGAUUCGACGCUGUGGGAAAUGCCACAGGUUUCCGGUUCGCCUACACCCCAGCCAUGGAGAGCCUCUGUGGAUAUGUCCACAAGUCCCAGAACCGCAGCGAGGAGUUUCUCAUCGCGGGCCGUUUAAGGAACGGAAAUUUGCACAUCACUGCCUGCAGCUUCCUGGUUCCCUGGCAUAAUCUGAGCCCUGCUCAGCAAAAGGCCUUCGUAAAGACCUAUAGUGCUGGCUGUGGGGUGUGCACAGUGUUUCCCUGUUCAGCCAUCCCUUGCAAACUGGAGAGUGACAGUCAUUGCUUGUGGACAGAUCAGAUCCUCAUGGGCUCUGAGAAGGGCUACCAGAGCGAUCACUUUGCCUGCCUGCCACGGAAUCCAGAUUUGUGCACCUGGCAAUACCUUGGGGUCUCGAUGACCCGAAGCCUUCCCCUGGCAAAAGCUGAAGCCUGAACACUGUUUACCUUUCCUCCAUCUUUCUUUCUCUUAAAUGGUGAAAUAAAGAACUAUCACACAGCA